CCUUGAUGGUUGUCAUGGAGAUGUCAUUGAUAAGGUGGACAAAAUAAUUUUCCUUUCUGCACGUAACUAAAGAAAGUCGUGUGAGGCAGUUUUCACAAUUAACAGUCCUUUGCUGAAUCAGACGUCCUUUAAUGAAAAGACAAAUCAGACACGCUGUGGCGCUGGGUUGCUAUAGUGCUUCACCUUGCGCGUUCAUCUCUGUCAACCUUUCCUGUUCUCCCUCUCUGUAACUCUCCAGAGCUGCUGCUGCUGCUGCUGCUGCUGCUGCUGCGGUGAUGGAUUAACCGUUUCUUAGACCUGCCUGACGACAAGCUUGUAUCACUCUCUCUCAUCACAUACUUUGUUAGAGGAGCAAACACAGUCUGAAAACCCUUCACUGCUGCCUCCUCUGACUUACUGCCACACACACACAUACAUCAGCUCAGCACUGCCUGGUCACAGAGGACGUCAGCCGCAGCUCUGCAACAGGGGAGUAAAUGACUGCAAGAGAGGACUAAUCCUGACUGAAGGUUGAAACCUGUUAUUACAUCUACAAACUACAUCUCCAAAACCACCAGCUGAGACCAAGAGGGAUGGAGGGAGAAGGCUGUAAUCCUGGGGUAGCUAUGGAUUCAGGUAACCCCUUGCUAAGAGCAGUCUUCCUCCGUCGCCUGCGACUUACACGGCUGCUCCUGGAGGGAGGUGCUUACAUUAACGAGAGCGACAGCCACGGCCAGACACCCCUGAUGGUGGCCUGCAGGACCCAGCAUAUUGACGCCCAGAGCGCCAGCCGGGUCAAGCUGGUCCAGUUUCUUCUAGAGAAAGAAGCGGACCCCAACAUCCAGGACAAGGAAGGUCGCUCUGCGCUGAUGCACGCCUGCCAGGAACAGGCUGGCCCUGAGGUGGUGUCUCUGCUCCUGGCCAGUGGAGCCGAUAUUAGCCUGGAGGAUCAGUCAGGGACAUCAGCGUUGGUUUACGCAGUCAUGGCUGGAGACUGGAAGGUUCUGAAGCUGUUGCUUGACACAUGCAAGGCCAAGGGGAAGGAGGUGAUCAUUAUAACAACUGACAAAUUCCCAUGUGGGAAACUGCAAGCCAAGCAGUACCUCAGCAUUCCUCCCCUUGAUACUCUUGAUCAGAUGGACAAAAUGACUUCAGCAGCUCCUGCAUCUCCCUCUGAAAUUCAGCUGAUCACCUCGCCCCAGUGCACCUCUUCUUCCUUAUGUCCCUCAAAGCCUAUCUUCUCCUUUAAAGAAGCCCAGUCCUGUGGCGUAAGUUCCCAUCCAUGUUCCCCAUCUCGGUUUCAAAGGCUCGGUCAAGUGGCACCGUACGGACUGCAGCAGCCCCUCAUGAGGUUGAACUCUGAGCCCUGGCUAAAGAUCCCAGCGUCUCUGCUCACACAGCAGCCACAUGCAGCCUCAUCUUCAGAGAACGGCAAAGACCUCAACCAAACUGAGGACCUCUCUCUCAGAAUUCCCAAACUUGAUGGGGGCAACAGCCCAAAUUCAACAACUGACAGCUUCAAAUGUUAUGAAGGAAGAUUGGCAAGGGACAAAGGAGUAGAUGGAGACGGAAAGAAUGAAUGUGCCGAACAUGUAGAACAAAAGAUAUCCUUACCAGGUCUCCUAUCAUCCCACUCUGCCUCCCAUCCCAACCUGCAUUCUGUAAACCUUGGAACAGAUUCAAUUGCCUCCUCUUCCUCCCUUUCUUGUGGCAAAAACCUUGGCACUCCACUUCAUCCCAGCAUGGCCUCGUCAAGCCUUUAUAGCAUAAUCCAGAGGCGCAAGCUUGGGGCAGACAUCUACAGCUCUGACCCCCAGCUAGCUGUAGACAUUCCAAAUCUACCUGAGGAGUCCACGCAGAGAGCAAGAGACCUAACAGAUGGCAAGAGGCUGGCCCCCUUACGCUGCUCCAGCACACUGGGCUCCAGGGAGUCACUGUUGACCUCGGGCCCGAGCAGGAGAGUGCUGUCUGGGUAUGAGCGCAGAGGGUCUGGAGCCUUCUUGUUGGACCACAACUCCCAGGCCAGGCCUAGAUCUUUGCCACCUCUGACCCUCAACUCCACCAACAGCCCCAUCCUUAAUGUUUAUAACCUCAGCUCCGGAGCUGGAAGAGGUUUCAGUGAGAAAGAGUCUGGCCUAAAAAAUUUCCUUCCCUCUGCUCCUCCUGGGCACCCCAAAGAGCUGACCAGGAGGAUGCUGCUGAGGAGACACUCGAUGCAGACCGAACAGUUCAAAAACACAGCUUGAAAUUCAGCCAGGAGGGAAGCGAAGUUCAUCACUGUGUUUUAAUGUGAAAUGUUUUGUCAUGUGAUGUAAUGUCUGUGUAGUGAAAUCCAAAGAGGGAAACCAAAGAGGAUAUACAAGAAAAACAAAACAUCCUUAUCAAUGUAACGUACAAACUGCAAGUACCUUCCUCUGCUUAGUGUGCUGUGUGUUGUCACUGUGCAUGUGGCUUCAGUAUGCAGUUUUUUCGUGCAGCAACUCCUUAAAUCUGAAAGAUUUUUUGGCCACUUGGGGGCAGCGGAGCUAACUGAAAACACAACAUCUUUUAAAGUUCUUUAAGAUAACAUGUUAGCAAACAUGUUAACAUUUGUCCCUUAAA